GCCCUUGUCUUUAGCACAGGUAAUGGACCACAUGAAACAGUAUAUCAUGGAGCGGCAGCUCAUUGACGCCAAGUUGCCCCCCGCGAUCGUCUGUGGCCAGGAUCCACUAGGCAAGGUGCUUGGUGUGGAACGUUUUCUAGUCAGCGAAGCCAUGGACGACGGGAAAAUUGAGAAAAAUGACGUUUUGAAAAAUAAUUCAGCAGACGACCCUGCUCUACUACCUAUCGUCUGCAUCUUCUUCAGUGCAAACAUCAUCUGCGCUGCCUUAGAUACUAAAUUUUGUCAAAUUGAUUUGUAUUUAAAAAAAGACAGAAGAAACUGCCUACUGAAUUUGGUUUCUUAAAAAAGUUUGUGGUGCUUUUGAAUUAAGCGAGGGAUGGAGAAGGAAGACUAUCUUGACUUCUGUGGAUUGAUGGAUUGAAGCCGUCGUCUGCUGUGUCUGCAACGCCUGCUGACGGCAUUUAAAAGGGGACGCACAUCAUUUUGGAAGGAUGUUGGGACGACGGGAGUGUGUGAACUUCGGGAAGACUUGCGAGGAGACGGAAACGAAAGAUGUCACGUUCUUUCCAUGUUUUUUUCUUCUUCUUUAGCGGUCUUCUAGUCAAACAAAUGAGUGCUGUACCACCGCAGCAUGUAGUAACACAAGGAACGUUAAAGCGGGAACUCCAGUCCGGCGCCAACGGCACGAGCGACACGCAGGCUCUCAAGCGUGCGCGCGUGGAAGCGGAUUCCACAAGGGACGCGAGUGCUUCGGGUGCAUUGUCGACCCCGGUGCACCUUCACAUACCACCGUCUCCGGGCUACGACAGUGGCCCAGAGACGGAGUACAGUUAUCAGGGCCACGAGACGGAGUUAGUCAAGGACACGAGCGACGAUCUCUGGUUCCUCGAGGAGUCCUCGUCAGACUGCAUGUCGUCCGACAGCGAGGCUACGCAGCGCCGGCUCUUGCGGGUGGCCGCCCUCGCAGCCGAGCUACUGCAGCGGGAGGAGGAAGGACGCGACAGCGACGACUGCCCGUUUGAGGUUGAGUACGAGAUUGAGGAGGAGUCGGAUCGCGACGGGGACACAAAGGCCGGCAGCAUCUCUUCUGACAGUGACAUUGAGGAGGUGGGCCAGGCUGAGAUCCUCAUUUGCGUCAACGAUGACGACGCACAGUUCUGGGCUGACUCGUCGGACAGCUACUCUUCCGACUCUGAGAUCGGAGAUGCAGACCUGUGGCAGUGCCGACUGUGUGGUAUGGAGUGCGAGCCCCACGGCAUGUCGCAUGUUCAACGGUACUGCACCACCUGCUGGAAAGAGCGGUUCGGAUGGUUGCCAGACCGGGAGGAGCGACACCCGCCGCAGAAGAAACGUCGCAGGGUGCAGCGUCGCAACAGCCACGGAACGAGGAAUCGUCGGGCAUCAAAUGCAACGGGCAUCAACGGCGUUAACUCCUCGGACCGGCUCCAGCUGAACAGUGCCGGCGAAGAAAGCCCAGCUGGGUCGUGUGGUGACAGUGCAAACUCGCCCUCGGAAGUGUGUAGUUUGAACAUCGAUGGUUCUCAAGAGAGCCUCAGUGGUGGGAGCGGGCCGAUGAGGUUGUCGCCCACUGAUGACUGUGAAGAUGGAAGCAGCUUUGGCAUGGCGACAACCUGUGAAAGCCAGGAACAGCCAAAUAACUGGUCGCAGCCCGGUUGUAGCUCGGACAAGCGGGACGGUGACACGGUGGCAUUCCACAUUGCAGCCGAGCUGUGCACCAUCUGCAAUGCCCGCCCCAAGUGUGGCAUUCUGGUGCACGGCCGGACUAGUCACCGCCUCAGUUGUUACAAGUGUGCGUUGCAGCUGCAGAGGCUUAAGCAGCCGUGCCCCGUGUGCCGGCGCCGGAUCCAGCGUGUCGUGCGCAACUUCGACGCCUGAUUCAAGUGACGGCCUUUGGUCGGGUGCUCAUGCACCCGUUCGCCUUUUUGUGGAGAAGCGAAAGAAUAUACAGUUGAUUCAUGUUUGUCAUGGCAAAUUAAUUAAGUGCACCGCUCACUUAGAUGAGAAGAAGACAAAAAAACAAAGCAAGUGACAUUAAACGGAAGUGUUGUUCAAAGAGGAAGUAUAUAAAUACAGAAGAUGGCGUGUUGUUCAAAGAGGAAGUAUAUAAAUACAGAAGAUGGCUUGACGUACAUGUGUUGAGGCAGUGAUUCUGGUAAGCAACAGCAAAUCACAAGGAGUGUGGUUAUCAAGAUAAACUAUGAAAAAAAAAAGCCAAUUCCUUGUCAGGUCGUGAAACCGAAUCGCCUCUUUUUUGGUAGGCCUGUGUCAUUUCUCGGGUUACUUGUUGUAGUUCUCCGUCAGAUGGGCUAUCUUGUCAGUAUGCACAGCAUGUAAUGUUGAAGUAUUUCGCUUGUGUGGGAAAGUUUUUUCCUGUUGCCUUCCUUUUGUGUAAGGCUGUGGUGCACUUAUUAUAUUUUCAUGAUGCUUCUUGUGAAGUCUUCCAGUUUUGCGCAGUGUGCCGCAGAAUUUAGCGAGCUGUGCGCAACUUCGACGCCUUGGCCGGGUGCACUCUUUGUAGAAAUUUAGCCACAGCGCGGAACUCUGUCGUGAAUUCUUACUGUUUCUUAACAAUCCACAGACUGUCACACGGAGAGGUGCUUCUGCGAAGCUGAAUUUUUUAUUUGUGUGUGCGUAAUACACUUUUGCUUGUUCGUUAAGCGAGCACACUAUUUUGCACUUUAAUUCUGAUGGUGGUGUUUGUCAAGAACCACGUCUUUUUGUGUCGUUAUUGAUAUCUUGAAUGCUGGUGCCACUAUGAACUAGUGCAGUUGAAUCCCAUCAGCAUGGAAUGAAUGGCAUACUCAAAGAACUUACUGCAAAUAUUCUCGUACUGGUAAGGUCUUUAGUGGACGUGUGACAUGUCGAAAAUCUUAGGCCUAAGAAACCUCUUUCUUCAUUAUUUUUUUUUCUGUCCACAAUUCUGGAUUAGCCGGGGUUAUGACAUGGUGCUCGACUCUGUGCAACAUAGUACAUCAGCCAUGUCUACUACUCAUGUUUCUAUUCAUUCCAUUGCUCAUGCCCUUGAUUAAAUAUUAGUUCCUCUCCUGUGAGCUCUUGGUCAAGUGUCGCACUUAAUGCAAAUUGUUCGCAAGGUCUUGUUUUCCGUGCUACAGCACACAUCCAGGCAAAGGCUUACGUGGCAAAACCUGCUAGUGGCAUUUGUGCGACCUUGCUUAAAAUAGCAUUCAUUAGUGGCUUGGUGAAGCUUUGCAUUGCUGCAAAAGCAGAUGAUUAGAAUAGCGCUUUGUCAUGCUGAUAGCACUGAGGAAUCCUUUAUGAUUUCUUAGUAGUUGCCCAUGUUUCGUGUUGACUAUUCCCAAGUCCACCUUGUGUUUUGACCAAGAUGCCAAAGAAAUGACCUGUAUUUCUAUGAAGAGUCUGUCACAUGCUUUACAGCAUGCUAUCCUUGACUGCUUUGUUAAAAUUUUGCCUAAGGAGUUGUCCAAAACAAGACUGUUUUAUUUUUAUUUUGAUUGGCACAUUGCCAUUUCAAGGGUUUGACUCUCUUCCAUAACCUGUCCAGUAGCCACUGAAGUUAGAGUUCAUUACGCUGUGACUGUUUCUUCAUUGACAGACUGUGUGGGCAUUACAUCAGUAGAAGUGAAAUGUUUACAACAGUUUAUCUCAAAGGAAUUAUGGAAAAAAAAUCACAAGAAAGCAACACCCAUGGCUCUGUGGUUCAACUGCACUGAUGACAGCACCAGCUUCCAUUCUUGUGUCUGAUAUGAGUGUAUUGGGAAGUAAACAGAUUGUUUAAUACAUAUCCAUAUAUCCAUAGUUAAUAUAUACCUGUAAAUAAAUAAAUUCCUUAGCCAUCUUUUUUACAACUUUUUAGUUGCUCUUGAAUGCUUGUGUGAUGCUUACAAACUCACGGCGUGACAGGAUUAAACUGUCAUACAUCUUGUCAGUGACAUUGGGAGUAUUGUGUGCUUGGCCAACAAGCGUAGCAGUGGCUAAUAUCCGAUGUCUGUGCUACGUAGGACUAGUAACUUCUGUUGUUUUGUUGCAGGUUGAGGCCUGCAAAUCGCACACAUCGCAUCAUUUCCACCAUCUUUCAUGGCAUUAGCCUUUUGACUUGCUCGUACUAAAUACCAUUACAAAUGACAUUAAGUUAUAGCUCAUGAGAAGUGUUCGACUGUGUGCUCUUUUGCAUUGGUUUCAUUUGUGCAUAACUACAGUUAUCAGCAGUUAAUGUGUAACCUUAGCAAAAUUGUAUUUUGUGAUGGAUGAAGGUAGCAUCUGUGUUCGUAGGAUGAGCUAGUUCUUUUUCGUCCCGUGAGACUAGCUAAAUUGCUAUUUACAGCCGUAACUUUGGGGUCACAACCCUUUCGAGGGAAGGGCUUCUGCAACACUUCGUUCCACCUAUAAGUUCGCAAAUUGCUGCUGUCAAACAUCGUUUUCGUUAAGUCGCCUCCUGGUUUCACGGAACGUAACUGAAGACCUCAAACCAGGCACUAUUGUCGCAGGGAAAAGUAUGCUUCUCUCUGUGUAAAUAUCGCACCAGAGCCUCGUGCACACAACUACACUUUUCGAUUCAAAUGGCUUCUUUCUGUAAGCUAGAACUUUUGUUGUGCAUGACUGUCUCAUAGUACCUCAAGAGCCAGAGCUUAUGAUUCAAGCACAUUUCAGCGUGUAGCUUCGAACUUUCUUCUGUACAUAUGUCUCUCGUCUCAUGGUGAGGUCCGCAACUCCUGUAAAUGUCUUUAAAUACUAGUAAUGGGCAAGCUGUUUGCUUCUACAUACGUGGUACUGGAACAGCCAGUUGUUUUGGUGAAUGGAAGUCUAACUCCAAACUUAAAUCGCUUUUCAGUGAUAGAAGCAGUGACACAUCUCCCACUCGUUUUUGUUUGGGAACAAAGAGACAAAAUAAUUUCUUUGAAUGAAUUUUCUGUCAAGAAAAUUCAGAAAUUUUUCCAUAAAUUUGAAAACUUUUUUGUUUGCAGAAAAAAUGAAAUUGUUUUCAAUAGCAAGACCGACUUUUUCCAAUGUUUCAGUCAAAUAUUUUUCAAUAGUUGCAUGUGAAACAUGAUCUUUGACUGCAUGGAGGUGUGAGUGUCCCGCCCCCCUUUUUUUCUACAAGAUGUGAUUUUUCGGGAAAAGGCUGUUUCGAAACUCAAAACUGCUGCUUAAGGGUAUGAGCUUAUUUUCUUUAUCAGGUGACACUAGUUAAAUUCAUAUUUAAUAUCACGGCACUUGCUAGUGAAGUGCUUUGUGUUAGGGUCAUCUUUAAAGUGCCUUCUGUUGUGCUUGUACAUUUUUUCAUUGCCCGUAUUGUGUUAAAUACGUCAUUUGUGCAAUAACACACACUAAUUCUUUAUGAAUUGAAGAACGUAUUUCUUUUUGUAUUCAAAAGGAGGCCUUAGAAAAUGUUGCCAGCUUUUUUUUUUUUCGGCACAUUGCGUUUAGUAAUUUUUUGUGGUUUAACCUGCUGGCUGUAUUUGAAAAGUCAGUCUUAUAUAAUAAUGUCUGAGGUGAAUAAGUCGCAUAUAGAUUUUUUCUAGAAAGUGUUUGUGCGUUCAUGUUAGGCUUAAGAAAUUUUGUUCCAAGUUUGCAGUGGUAAGAGUGCGAGGCCAUCAACAUCACAUAUUCUAAGGGAUACAUACAGGCUCUUCAAUCUCCCGCAAUACGAUCUGCCAAACCUUAUAUGGUGUAUGCUUUGGGCAUCGUGUUUGAAAGGUGGGACAUGCAAACAUGGACACUCGAUGUCGGGUCAACAUGCAGUAUUUGUAUUGUCCUAAGUUCUCAUUUAUGUCUGUAUUUCCACGCCCAAUCUUUUGACUUGCAACCCUUUCAUCAAUGUGUGUCUUUAUCUUUGCAGCGAAAUUGCCACUGUGCUUACUGUUGAGUUGGGAAUUUUUCUCGUGCGUUGAUUAAUCGUCACAGUUUAUCCCUGAAGUUAUUGCAUUUUCACUUGAAGAACCAUCAUAUACAAUGUUAUGUUAGAUUCCUAAGCUUCCCUGUCUGUUGAGGGUUCAUUUCGUCACGUCAUUAAAAAUAAAAAUAUUGAAAAGAGCCGAGGGCAGUGAGUAAGUUUCAGUGCUGUGUUACUUUGUAUUUUUUGCCCAAUAAAUUGGUCGGUGGAGCUUGUUAUACACACUGAUUAGAAAAAGCACAAAUCAACGCAGCAUAAGGUGAAUAAAGCUACAAAAGAAUACUUUGUACACAUAAUAAUGCUGUGUUUUGCACACUGCAUGUGAGUAGGAUGUCACAGAUGCUCUAUACAAAGCUCUGCGUUUUUACUGAUGUGAUGCUGUUAAGAAUACAUUGUAUACUGCUCUAAAUCUCGGCUAUAGUAGUAAGCAUUAAGUAUGCUGUAUCAAAGUAAGGCUAUUUUUGUGGUGAUUGCUGCAUAGUGUCUCAUAUUUGCUGCGACUGAGAAAUGUAGUGUUCGGGGUGAAGAAAACGCCGGGAAGAAAAAGUGUGUGAAGUGUCUUAUCUUUUCUGAAAUGUCUCGGCAAAUCGAUCUCACAAAACUUCUUAGCAUUGAUUAUUGGGGCCUUGUUUUUUUCUUACGGUGUUUCAUGUUCAGCUUGUAGAUGUUCGCGCGCUUUGUCAUUGUGCAUCAUUAAUUACUACUUGCUAUGAGUUAUGCAGAGGUUGCUACGAGUUACGCAGUGGUGCUCAAAAACCUUUGACUUAGUUCAGCACAGCAGUUUUCAAGUAUUUAAAAUCUCAUUGGUCUGCUAAGUUUGGGUGGAGCGAACUCGGAACCUAGUAAUGCCGUGUGGUUUACAUCCAGUGAAAGAAAGCUUGCCCCUCGUUGAAACUGUACAUCGCUUCAUGGCGGGCAUAGUGACCUGUAUGUGCUGUACACUGGUGACUAGAGUUGUGAAAACGAGUGCACUCUUGUUUCACAACUCGAGUAGAAAUGUGUGUAGCAUCUUGCAUCCUAUAGCUCAGACACUCUCACACGACUCAGAUGUAUAUGUAUGUAGUUAGAUCUACGUGUUUAUUGUACACUGUGCAAAGUGCCCCACCGAUACAGGAAGUGGUGAUUUUUAUACAGUGUGUUUGAUCAUGAGCUCUUUGUUCGCAAUGACUGGAUUCUUCAAAUGCCUCAGAACUCCAAAUUGUGGAGAUGAUGUCCGGUUCAGCGUGAAGAACGCUACUCGUGUUGUCUCGCUUUUUCGCAACUUUGCCGCAGUAGUUUAUUACAGAGAAGAGAAAAAUGUCGAACGCAUCCUCCGCGGCUCAGUUUGGCAGUUUAAGGAACGGAUUUAUGUGCACGAGAUGUGUGCCAGCGUGACCUAUUGCGUCUUGGUCGAGGAACGGGCGCUUGAGACACCUGUGUAAGUUUCAGUUGUGUAGCACCAGCUGCAUUGUGGUGGAUUCAUAAUUUAUCCACACGAGUGAUUGUUUUUCUGCACCGCAACAGCUACUUUGCUGCUGUAAUUUGCACAAUUGCCAAUGCCUGAGAUUCUGAAUUGUAAAUAUAGCAGCUCUGGCUAUAGUAAUUUAUUUCAUCAACACAUCUUGUAUCAAACAAGUUUUUCUUUGAAACGUGAGUUUGGUAGUGGACUUCACUACUGUUAUAAAUAAAUCUGCUUGUUUUGUUUUACCUUUUUGUAAUUUCAAGUGUCCAUGUCCUAGCUAACGUCGGAAGAAUGUGACGAGCACCAAAGUUGUGUCGUGCGUGAGUUUGUGUAAAGUUGUGUUGUCAGUUUUGUGUGGCAUAUAAUAGCUUGUGUUAAUCGGGAAUCUUCGUUUAUCUUAUUGCUUUUCUGCUGUCUGCACGUUCUCGUUAUAAGUGGUUGUGGAUGUUGCACUUUUUUAUUGUGGCUGGCUGUCUUGGGGAGACAGUCAAGAGGUCUGCUGGUUAAGGUUAUAUAAAGUGUAUGUUAUUAAUGUUUUUAUGUCACUCCCCGUUUUUGAUUUGUGUGUAUUUUCAUGGCUUUGAAUUUGCUGGGUUUGAGGUUUUCGGACUAAUUACGGUGGGGAUAUGUAUGAUUUUUCGUUGUCUGAUGUUUGUACUGCUUAAAACUAAGUGCCGUUUAAAACGUAAGCUUUUGUCCGUGUCUUAGCUGUCCCUGCUUACGUAUCCCGCUCAUAUUUCCAACCAUCAUGAUCAACUAACCAAAUCUACCAUUGUGACAAGUUUGGAAGUAAUUUUCAGCUUCAGGACCACAGUGACAUCGCUUAAUCAGCUCUGCAUCUCAAACGCUUCUUAUGUUUGCUGUGUGUUACUCCAUUCUUUUGUGCAAAAUCACUAAAGCUUGUCGCUUUGAAUAUGCUACGUUGCCACGCUGCUUCGAUGCCAUGGUGUUAUUCUAGUACAAUCUUGUGCAUGAAUUCUGCUAAGGCAGUCACAUUUGUUAACCCAUGUUGCAUUUGCAUCUCUGGUUUUCUGGUUCAUCCUGUUUGCAUUUGAAGGAGUGUGGAUACCAAAAGAUUUUGGCGAAGAUUUAAAAUCUUUCUGCUGAGAGAUAUAAAACCUGUGUGUGGUAGUGUAAUUUAGUAAUAACGGAACAGCAGUGUGACUGAAUAGGGCCAAGGGGCUGACAUUAAGUGCUAUCUGCUAUAUUUCACUCGCACGCCGUUUUUUUCCGGCAAAAUGCGCAGCCAUGUCUCCCGACAGCCGGAUCAUGUCUGCAUUGAGCGAAUCUGAUCGAGAGCACCUGUAUGAAUGGAGGUAGAAAACCAUUUAUAUUUUGAUCGAUUGGUAUCGAAGACUGAAAUUUUUUCAUACUACACAUCACAGUCAUCAUGUUUGCCGUACACAUCUCCAAUGUCUAAUGUUUUUCAGUUCUUCUUUAACGUUUCUGGUUAUGGUUUUUAUGGUAAGCGUUCAGGAGACACGCUUCAUUUUCAGAUGCCUUGUUCAAGCAAGUUAGCUUCGAGUCGCUUCUUCUCUGUCCAAAUGCGAAGCAGCAUUCCUUGGAAGUAGGCAGAGUUCAUGCUGUAGUAUGCUUCUUAUCAUGCUGCCGUUCGAUUUCAGUUUCCUUGGUACACACCUUGUCACAAACUGCUCUCUGCAGUGCUCUCAGAUAUGCCAGCAAGACCUUCAUAACGUUAUUGCAGGAACCUGCACUGGCUGGGGAUUAGCCACAUGAGAACUGGCACGAUAACAAUUGCUGGGGUUUUACAUCCCGAAAUCAUGCCAUUAUUUUAAAAGACGCCACAAUGGAGAACUCCAGAAACUUUAGGUUUCCUGGGAUUCUUUGACGUGAAUCUAAACCUAAGCACAGGAGCCUCUAUCGAAGUGCGGUCCUCAAAUCCAGGAUUUGACCCUGCAACCGUCAAAUCACUACUCGGGCACCAGAACUGCUGAACCACCACAGAAGGCACCAGCAUAGGCAUGUACUCUAUGCUUACAUAAGCAGCAACCAUAUUGCAUGCAACAGGCAUGUAGUUACAAGUACAAGAAUUGUAUGUGCAUUCUUCUGGCGGUAGCUUUACAAAGCAUGGCCUUACUACAUUGCUCUGCUGUGCAGCAAUACAUGUUCCUUAUCCAUGGCAUCGAAGAAGCACCGUGCUUUUGUGGCUAACAAAGCAGCAGGCUUUUAUGUUUUCUUUGUUAAUGGUUACUAAUAGCCUGUUUCUGGUUUUGCUAAUUAAUUUUUUUAUGGCAAGGGGACGUGUAUAGGUGGUUGUAUUUCGAUGUUUUUAUAAGGGCUGUUUCACGGCUUUAUUUUUUAAAUUUCUCCAGUUAUUUCCCAAGUCCAAAAAUGUGCACAGUUUAAAAAAGUGCCAGACGAGCAGCUUUAUUUAAGCACUUGUGACAAUACUGCCGGUGACUGUUAUUAUAGGUUGUUGGUAUAUUUAUUUCUAUUUUCGAACCUCACAAUUGGCUGGGCCGUUUUCUUACUAAGUGGGAACUGGCCUAUUGCAAGGAAGGUUUAUUGUUGAUUGUUUUACUUGUUACUUUUUCAAUUUAUAUUCUUUUGUUUUUAAUUUUUCCCGUCUGGAAGUUCACUGGGAAAGUAUAUUUUUUGUUGUUGCUUUACAUUAACUAGAAAGGUGUCUAGUUGGUAAGAAAGAAGUAAAAGUUAUUUUUUAUUUACAUUGUCUUUAGUUAAUGUUACUUAUGUAGCAUAUGAUUGUGCAUCUGUACAUAGUUUGCGUUCUUUUAAUUUGGUGUGUGUAAUUGUUUGUAUCAAGGCAGAAAAGGAAAAAGCAGUUAGAGGUGGUCGGAUGUGCAGGUGCUUAAAUAAGACUGCUUGUUGAGGCCAAAGCGUGUGCCUUCGUGUUUUUUUUCCCUUGCUUCAUUGCUUCCGACCUUGAAUGUUUAUGAGAAGUAUGAUUAAAUGCAGAAUUAUCUAGCCUGGAUGCAUCCACAUAACCAUAACAAUCAUGUCUUUAGCGUGACCUAACUACAUGCCAGGCAUAUCUGCUUUGUGUGACACUAUCUGUGCCUGUCACAGCGCAGAAAUUGCCGCACGUGAUGUGUAUGCAUCGACGCUAGAUGCCAUCACAUCGGUAAUCGUUUGUAUAUGCUGUCCUGAUUACCUACUGCUUUACAGCUUGCUACUAGCUGUGGUCAUAGUGAGGCUAAAUCAGAAGGCUUGAAUGAGGAGUAAAUGACUCCGAACCUCUGUGAUACUACUAUCUUGGACUAAAAUAACAGCCAAUGUGCUUGUGGUCUGUUUAGUCCAGCAGUCUGCAGACUGAAGUGCUGGCAUCGAACUUGUGUUGGCAUGCAUGUUUCAUCUUUCAGAACUUCUCGCUCUCUCCCCAUUUCGUAUCCUCUUCCCCAGGUGCCGAGGAAGGUACUUCUUGCACUCCAACCUCUGCACCCUCCUCAAGCUCUUUCCUUAUUUUGAUCCUAACGUUUGUGGAAAAUUUGUGGGCUUUCCGCAAAGUAAUAAAAAAAAAAAUGUCAAACAUAA